UAUUCUUCAUUUUAUUGAUUUCUCUAGAGUUCCCCGCACUCUGUAAAGCAGAGAACUCAGCAAAAUGUCCAUGGGCACUGUAUCAUCUUCUCAGUUGAAGCAAACCCUCGUGCUUCUCUUUGCUAUUCAUCUCCUGUUACCCUCAAUUCAGGCCACUUCUGUCAAGUAUUGUGAUAAUAAAGGUAACUAUGAUGUAAAGAUCCUUGGAGUUGAAAUUUCACCUGAUCCUGUGGUGGCUGGCAAACCAGCCACCUUCAACAUCUCAGCUUCUACUGGUAAAUCUAUCAGUGGUGGGAAGCUAGAUAUUUAUGUAUAUUUUUUUUCUGUGAUUGUCCAUAAAGAAACCCAUGAUCUUUGUGAGAAGAUAUCCUGCCCUGUUGAAGGAGGCAGCUUUUUUCUAUCCCACACCCAAACACUACCUGGAUUCACUCCCCCAGGUUCUUACACGCUUAAGUUCAUAAUGAAGGAUAAAAACGAUGACCAACUGAGCUGCGCUAGCUUCAACUUCAAAAUCCAUUUGGGAGAUUUGGUCUCCGAUAAUUGAGUGCAAGUACAAGUCCAGUACCUUAUUCUCAGUUGCAAACCUUCCAAUGUGAAUCAGAUCUCGGGUUUCUUGCUUAUUAUGUUUUUCUUUUCUUUCCUUGUUUUUGCCUCGUUUUCUUUUGUUCAUCGAUGAGGAUGGCUUUGGUAUAACUGUAAAAUGAUUUCAUUUGUGAUCUCGAGGUCGCUGGUUCAAGAGAUGAAAACAGCUGCGUGCGUCAACUCUUCCCGAGUCCACAAAUGCGAGAUGCUGCAUGCUCCGAGUCAUCCUUUUCUUUGCUUCAUCUGUCAAUGCAAGAUUUAUGUAUAACCAUCCAACUAUUUGUGAAUGUCUAUGUCAAAUGUUAUGUGCUGUAUCCUUUCUAGAAAUAAAAUCCUGUUCUCUUUUGCUUUAUAA